UCCUGGCUGCGGGGCCUUUCUGCAGCCAAGCACAGCCCUGGGGGUCGGGGCCCCUGCUCCUGCGCGGCAAUGUGGGCUGGGGCCAGUGCAGAUCCUGCCCAGGGGCUUGGGGCCAGACUGACCGGCAUCUCCCCAGCUCUGCUCCAGCACGUGGGGCCUGCAGAGCCCCAGCCCCGAGUGCAAGGUGCUCAGUGCCGCGCGGAGGGCCCCCAUGUGAGCGUUGGUUGAGGUCAGGGUGACUGGGGGGGGGGUGCAGGUGCCGUGCUCGCUCUCUCUACCAGAUCUCUGGUGCUUUGAGGGAGCAAGAGCUCAUUGCCAGGCCAGGGGUGCCCUCCCUGUCCCUGCUGGGCUCGGGGCAGGGCCAAGUAUCCCAGCCCCCUUCCCUACCAUCAUCCCCCAGUCCCCGUCUGCUCCUUGCGAAUGGCCAGCGGGGUGUGUGCCAGGGAGCAGGGGGCACCGGGCAGGGAUGGGGACCGUUGCAUUGUGCUGGGCAGAGAGGAAACGUCUUGGCGGCUCCAGCACCACGUCCUGUGCUUGGCUGGCACCUGCCAGUCCCGGGCAGGGCCGGCCCCGGUGCUGAGCCAGCUGGGCUACAGCGGGGAGGGGAUCUCGGGCAUGGUACUGCCCUGGGGACCAUGUCGUGCCCUGGCCCAGCUGAGCUGGCACGUGUGGGCUCCUGGUCGAGCCAAGGAGCUCUCCUCUUUUCUCCAGGGCCACUGUGCUGGAGCGCAGGCAGGAGGCAAACGGGAGUGCCCCGAUCUCCCCCGCGGCACAUGGGGCCAGGGCCAAGGGCAGAGCUGCCACCGUCUGCAGGGCCUGCACCGAGCCGCCUCCUGCCGCUCCCAGACGAGUCUGCCUGUGUCACUGCAGGGCAGCCACCCCCUUCCUGCCCCCAUGUCCUCCCCCAGCCCAGCCAGGGGUUCCCAGUUCCACCUGUUGUCAGAGCCAGGCCCAGCCCUGCACACAAAGCACGAGCAGGAGUCCUCCUUGGCACACGUGCCCACAGGUCUCUGCUGUGCAGUGACCGCCGUGACCUGCCUCCCCCUGCUCUGCAGCCCACGGGAUCCGGGCCCCGGCCACAACGUGGAACCGGGAAACUUGGUUUGGAUAUUUCCCCUUUCAGCUUCCUUUCCAGGAGAGGCCGUACGGAGCUCGCCAGCCGGGCAUGCAAGCUGGGGUGUGCAAGGGUGUGUGGGUACACACGCCUGUUUGCCUGUGUGCACACGUUUGUUAACAUGCCCGUCUGCCUGCGUGCGGGUGCGGGUGCGGAGCAGGUGUCUCCAUGAAAGUCCCUGCUCCACCCUGGCUGUGGCUCGUUCUUCCCGUGGGCCGUGGGACUGGGCUCACGCCCUUCCAGAGCAGCACUGCGGGCUCCCCUCCCUGCCGUCUGCCAGGGCCGGAGCCGCCCGGCUCAGACUCGCUGGCAUCAAGGCCGCCGGGCGAAGGGGGAGCAGAGGCCUUGGCCACGGGCGAGGCCGCACCAGCCGCCGGAGCCCCUCGCGCCUGGCUGGGGCCUGUGGCCGAGUGGGGGUUUAUGCACAGCAGCUGCGCCCGCCCCCCACCGCAGCCGGCUGCGGGCGAGCGGGGCCUUGGCGUCACUGCUGACGCGGAUCCACCCCCUCAGCCGCCUGCAGGGCUGUGACGCAGUGUGCACUGCUUUAACUCCUUCCCUGCUGCAGUGCAGUGCAGUGCAGUGCCGUGCUAGGCAGGCCCCCUCCGGGCACGAGGGGCCACGGACUGGGGUGGAGGCAGAGCACUGGAGGCCCCAGGAUUAGGGCACCCCCGCACCAAGCACUGCUAGCUGCACAGGGGCUCCCUCUGCCCGGGGGUCACAGAAGACCUGGCUGGGCUGCACGGUGCAGUACCAGGGUCUGCUGCAUGAACCUGUGCCCCCGAGCUGGGCUCGCUCCCCUGUAGUCCCAGGCUGCUGACCCACAGGACUGGCUGCUGGGAGCCGGGCGCUGGGGCCAGCUCCUCAGCCUGGCAAGGUGGUGGAGCCUCCAUCCGCCCAGGGUCACAGAGCCGGACACGGGGGGACAGUGGCCUGCCCAGUGCAGGCAGCUCGGUGUGGCGUACCCUGCUGCCAGCCCAGCUCUUCUGUGGCCCUGGAAGUGCAGGCCCAGGCGGUGUCAGCUCGGUCCUCGCUCACUGCCCGGGAGGGAGCUUGGCUCGCGCUAGCUGGCUCUGGUGAUCGGGCACAGCUGCUCUCCAGAGCUGCUUUCUCCUCGAGCGCUGGCGAGAGGGGCCCACGGCUCCUGCUGCCAGUGGCGGGACAGCCGGUCCAAGGGGCAGCCCCCACCCCCUUCCCCAGCGGGCUUCUGUCCAGGGCUGGCAGCAUGGUGCUGAGGUUGCUCCCGUGUGCAGCGGGCCGGGCAGCUCUGCCAGGGUUUGGGGGCUGUGGGGAAUGGCCAGGUCCCACCCGCAGCGCCGUGGCUCCCGCGCACGGCUGGGAGCAGACACGUGGGUCACGAUGGUUCUCCCUGCAAAACAGGAAGCGUUGCCUGGAGCUGGCGGGGAGCAGGGGGCGUGGGGGAGGGCGGUGUUUUGCUCCAGGGUUUCUGUUUCCCCCAAGGCAGCCCCCUCCCUCCAGCCAGCCUGCAGGCACUGCCUGCCCCUGCUUCUGGGGCGAGGCCUCGCAGGCAGGAAGGAGUUAAAGCAACCCUUCCCCGUUCCCCAGCUCUGAGGCCCCCAGCCUGACCUGGGGAGGGGGCGUAGAGCCAGGGUGGGCAUGAGUCACGGUGAGUGUCAGCCUGGGCUGGGGGAGCCCUGCCGCCCCCUGCACCGUGCCGCUGAGAAACCUGCUUCUCCCAGCUCUGGUGCCCCACGCUUCCUGGGACUCGGUGUGCCAGGAAUGGCCUUGAAAGGCUGCUGCGGAGCCCCGUGCAGCCAGCCAGCGCCUCACCGGCCUGCAGGCCCAUGGCUCAGCACUGCAGCACCCUGGGCCGGGGGCUCUGGGCCAGGGGGGCGGCAGGUCCCCGAGCCAGGGCUCCGUCACAGCCCUGGUCGCACCUGCUGCAGGGGCACAGGCAGGUCCCCUGGGCUGAGGGAGCAGGGCUGGCCUGCCUGGGCCUUGUCCUGCACCCACGGGCAUGGAGGGGAUCAGGCCAGGGCGGCAGCUGUCAGGAUGCUCCCAGCUCAAGGGCUGGGGGCGGGCGCCUCGUGAUCCUACCCUGGGCUCUGCCUUUGGUUUGUCCCCAUCCUGCCGCAGCUCCUCCGUGGGAGGGAAGCUCCCGCCUCCUGCCUUUGUCUCCCAGAGCAACCUAAUCCCAGAGCAUCUGCCCUGGCUUCGCCUCCAGGCUGGUAAGUCCCAGGGCUGCGCACGCACUCCUGGCUCUGAUCACACGGGCUCCCCGCUGACUCUGGGUCCAGGCUAAGGGCGAGGGGAUGCCCUUUCCUGUGGCUUCUCUGUGGAGCAGCUACCACCCCAGCCGGCCUACUGGGGCAGGGAGACCCCGAAGAGCAGUGCCCAGCCCUGCUCCGCACAGGCGUCCCCUGGGCCCCAGCGCGGCCUCGGGGGUGCUGGCGGGUCACCCUCCGGCUGCUGGCCCCAAGGAGCUCUGCUGGGACAUGGGAAAGUCUGGCCUCACCUCGGGGAGAAGAGUCGGGACUGGGGGUGGUGGCAGGCAGGGGAGUGCAGGCCGGGCCGUGGGUCGGAGCCAUGUCCCCUCCUGCUGCCUCUGCCCCGCCUGCCGCCCUCCUCGCCCUGCUCCUCUCCCAUGGCUGCGUUUGCUCCCUCUGGUUGAGCAUUGCCCUUCCCUCCCAGGCACGUUGAAGGCCACGGGGGGCCUUGGGCUGGCCUGGCCCAGGACAGGCAUCGCGGGUGCUGUGCAGUGCAGAGGCUGUGGGAGCUGCCCCGGGCCCCCCACAGCGCUCUGGGGAAGUCUGAACCCGGGACCCUGUGAGUGUCUGUCACCCGCCCGCAGCUGGGGCCCGGUGCAGUGAGCGGCUGUGCUGGGCACCCCGGGCGCAGCAUCCAGGGGCAGUGCGGCCCAGGCCUGCAAGGAUGUGGGGGUACAACGGGCAUUGAGGCAGGUCACAGUCCACCCAGGCAGGGAAUGAGCUGCCCUGCAGCUGAUGCUGAUGCUGGGCUCUCAUCAGGUCACAGGAGGGGGGAGUCCCCCACUGUGGAGGCCUGGGAGCUCUUCCAGACCCCGGCUCUGCAUGACAGCGGGCACAUCAGCUACCCUCUCUGUGCCUGUGGUGGUGGCAUGCAAGCCAGGGCCCCCGGAAGCUGGGAGACACGUGGAGGACCCCUGCAUUCAGAGCACCACAGACCGGGCCCUGUCCUGCGCACCGGGGCUUGCUGUUCCUCACCAGGAGACCUGCCCACUGCCUGAGCUGCUGGAAGCAUCUUCGGGCUGUGAGCAAGGGUCUCGCUGGGCGGCCGCAGGUGGUAGAAGAGCCCAAGCCACGCGAGGCAAGAAAGACCCGGGCGGUGUGGGGGAGAGCGUGCAGGC